AUGAUGCGAUCUGCACUCCCAUACAACUUUCGCUGGACAGCUAGGCUCCUCCGCCGCGACAUUCACAAUCUCAAGGCCAAGGCCAUCUCCAAGAUCAAGACCCACCUUACGCGCCUCUCCAAGUCCGCCGCUGAGGCCAUUGACAUCUCCAUGGUCUCGUCCGUCGCCAGAGCCAGCAUUGAUCCAGAGGACCCACCCUCUAUCAAGAGUACAGCAUCAACGACGGCUGAUGUAAUAGGUACCUCCCACAUCCUUCCAUUGUCAUCAGUUAGCAUAUCCGCGCAGCACCCCAGCACCCUCCAUGAGCUCCUCGAGAGUCAGCUCAACACCUUGUGGUCAUUACGAGACCACAACAUGUCUGAGAAAGAGCGCUGGCAAUUCCGUGGUAGUUGGCUGGUGUUGUGGAAUGCCAUCCAAGCAUGUUCCUCGAACCCCGGCUACGGCAUCUUCGAUGGGUUGAAGAAGGAUGAGACGGCUCUCCUUCUUCAGCUCAUCGAGCUCUGUGCUGCGAAGGCAUCGAAGAAUGCGCAGCGCGUGAGUGGGAUGCCGGCGACCCCGUAUAUGGCAAAGAGGGAUCAUGUGCGCUUUGAUUCUGUCUUCAGCAAAGCUGCUUCAAGUGGAGGCGGCGCGCCUAUGCCAACCACCUCACAACUAUGGCAUAGCAUCUUGGAGGGUGCCACUGAUGAUACCAAGACGAACGGUGUCGCGGAAGCACUCCUCAAGUUCAUCUGGCCCGAGGAGAAUCCCGUCGAGAUUCUCGACGCGAUUGGAGAUCCGGCCAAGGUGUUUCGAGGCGGCGACGAACUCCGUCUUCGACUUCGAGACCUUCUCUUCCCAUCAUACACCACCAUAUCAGCUCCGCGCAUGUAG